AUGAAGAUAAUUUGUGCAGGUCUAGGAAAAACUGGUACUAAAUCAAUCACCAAAGCUCUGCGUCACCUUGGAUUCGUCGUCUUUGACUGGGAAGAGCAAACAUUUGAUUUCUUGGACCACUGGGUUGAUGUCUUCAAAAGUGGCGCCCAGCCAGAUGUGAAGAGAGUCUACCAAAAUGCUGAUGCAGUCGUUGACUUUCCUGGAACCUUCUUCUGGGAGGAAAUACUGGAAGCUUUUCCUGAUAGUAAAGUAGUUUUAAGCGAACGAGAAGAAGACUCUUGGAUAAAAAGUGCAGUCAAUCAACUUCAAGUUAUCAAUGCCGUGAAAUCCCGGGAAUUUUACAGAAUGCUCUCUCCAACUGCAAGAAAAAUGUACUUCGUUUUAUACUCUUACAUUAAUGCUAUUUCUGGCUCUACAAAUCCCAGUUCCACUUGUGUUUUCCGUAAGCGAUAUCGUAUCCACAAUCAUCGCGUUAAGUCCCUCGUUCCACCAGGGAAACUGUUGGUGUACAACGUAAAGCAAGGGUGGAAACCGCUGUGUGAUUUCUUGGGCUGCGAAGUUCCAACAGUUGCCUUUCCGCAUGAAAAUAUCAAAGGCGAAAUCGCUGAAGUUCCUUUGUCUGAGACAAGAUCUGGUCGACAGGCAAUAUUGGAGAUACAAAGAGCUCUGUUUGUAAUUCUUUCUGUUAUCGUAGCUGUUGUAGUUAUAUUGUUUUGUUAUUUGUAUUAUUGA